UGGCGAUGUGUUUCACAGGUAGUGCCCGAGGAUUUGUAAGCUCGUUGGCGGGCCAGGGGGUGGUUGCCAAGGGGGCGAUGCUCUCGGUGUUCUCGAGCCUCUCGCAGGUAGGAGCGAUCACCCCUCAGCAUAUGCCAGCAGUACUACAAUGUAUACGUGAAUGUCUUGACAACAGUGACUGGGCCACCCGUAAAGCAGCAGCUGAUACAUUGAGUGCAUUGGCAUCUAAUUCAAGUGAGUUGGUCGCCGAUGGGUCUGCUUCAACAAUAGCUGCUUUAGAGGCUAGUCGGUUUGAUAAGGUGAAACCUGUGAGAGACAGCAUGAUGGAAGCGUUGCAGCUAUGGAAGAAAAUUUCAGGAAGAGGGGGAGAUGAUACAGCAGAGAAUCCUAAAGGGAAUAAAAAUUCCGAACCAAUUGAUACUGAAGAGAAGGCUGAUAAUAAAAAGUCAACUCCUAGUCGUAGAAGAUCGGAAUCUGUGAAAGAUUCAUCUGCUGGCACUUCCCCUACUGGCACAGAUUCUAUCUCAAAAGAAAAAGGCAGCAAUGUACCCGAGAAAGCUGCUGCCUUAUUAAAGAAAAAAGUACCCUCUUUGACUGACAAAGAGUUGAAUCCGGAAUUCUUCCAGAAGCUGGAAACAAGGGGCAAGGAUGAAUUACCUGUAGAAGUUGUGGUACCUCGUAGGUGUGUUAAGUCGUCAGAGGGUGAAGAACAAGAUUUGACUGCCGAUGAUUCAGUGGCUCCAUCGAGCAAUAAUGAGACUUUAGCCGGUGAUUCAAAUGAAUCUCAAGCACGCAAGAACAUCAAUUUUUUCAAUACUGAGAAAAGACCAGGGGCAUACAAUAAACUGCCUGAUUCGGAUGAAUUUGCUAGGGAUAAGUGGACUGAACAAAGAAGCUUCAGGGCUAAAGACUUAAAAUUGAGGUCUUCUGAUGUUGAUGAUAGAGCUGAACCGAGUCAGAGAGAUCCCUCUGGCAUCCGUACGAGCUUUUCGAGGGCUGAUGGCAACAAUGAUGCCUCCUUCAUGAAUGGCAAGGGAAACUGGCUGGUCAUUCAGAGGCAAUUGUCACAGUUAGAGAGACAACAGGCCAAUCUCAUGAACAUGUUGCAGGAUUUCAUGGGUGGCUCUCAUGACAGCAUGAUAACUCUAGAAAACAGGGUGCGUGGGCUCGAGAGAGUUGUUGAGGAAAUGGCACGGGAUUUGUCAUUAUCAUCCAGCAGAAGAAGCCAUAAUAUGAUGCUUGGAUACGAAGGUUCCCCUGGGAGGAAUUCAAGCAAGUACAACGGUCUCCACGACUAUUCUAGUUCAAAGUAUAAUGGUCGUAUGCCUUUUGCAGAGAGAUUUCUCUCAUCUGAUAACAUAUCUUCUGGUGUAAGAGGAAGAGAUCCGUCUUGGAGGUCAGAGUUUGAAUCGUGGGACACUUAUGGUUACUCAAGAAAUGGCCAUAUGGCUUCGAGGAGAGGCUUACCUUCUGCUUCAAUCGAUGCAAGAUCACCAAUAACUGAACAUGAAGGUGAUCAACCAGACAGCAGAAGAGCUUGGGAUAAAGGGCAAGGGCCAUUUAGACUCGGCGAGGGUCCUUCAGCUCGAAGUGUUUGGCAAGCAUCAAAAGAUGAGGCAACUUUGGAAGCUAUAAGGGUGGCUGGUGAAGAUAAUGGAACCUCGCGAACUACAACUAGGGUUCCAGAAUUAGAUGCUGAGGCUUUGACUGAGGAUAAUCUGGGUCAGGAUAGGGGCCCACUUUGGGCGUCAUGGACACGAGCAAUGGAUUCACUUCAUGUUGGUGAUGUGGAUUCGGCAUAUGCGGAGGUUUUGUCUUCUGGGGAUGAUGUCUUGCUUGUGAAACUGAUGGAAAGAUCAGGCCCGGUUGUGGAUCAGCUUUCGAGUGAGGUAGCGAGUGAAGUCUUGCAUGCAGUUGGGCAGUUUUUGUUAGAACAAAGUUUGUUUGAUAUAGCUCUGACUUGGAUCCAGCAGUUGACAGAAUUGAUAAUGGAAAAUGGCUCAGAUUUCUUGGACUUCCCAUUGGAAGUGAAGAAAGAAAUUCUGUUGAGUUUAAACGAUGUUUCUGUAGUCGAUCUGCCUGAGGAUUGGGAAGGGGCAACUGUGGAUCAAAUACUAAUGCAGCUAGCAUCAUCUUGGGAAAUUAAUAUACAGCAGCUCAUCAAGUAGUAAUAUAGCAAAGUUUCUAAUAUGAUUGGGGUGCAACUGCUUUAUUCAUUUUCUCCCGUUUCUAGUUUUCGCUUGGUUUGUUAGAAGAAUGUACUUCCUGUAAUGUAAUGUUUAAGAGGGUGGUGUAUUGUAUGUGAUCAUUUUUAACAAAAACGGACUUUAUUGAAAAUUUUCUUGAUUUUA